AUGAUGGGUUUUAACGUGAAGAAAUUGUGUGCUAUUUUUCUUCUAUGGAAUUGCUUCUACCAAGGAACUGCUUGGGAUUAUCAAGAUUUAAAUGCGUGGGGAGCCGUUGCGCCAAUUUGUAACACCGGAUCGAAUCAAUCUCCGAUAGAUCUACGACCUGAUGUUCUGGGUCAAAAUAGUGGCAAUCGAGCUCUGCAGUUUUUAAAUUACACUGCACGACCUCGACAAUUUAGUGUCAAUAACGAAGGACACACGAUUCAAUUAACUGGCGCGUGGCAGGCUAACGCACCUAGUAUCACAGGAUCCGUUUUCUCCGAUGAAGUUUACACAUUCAGCAACGCUCAUGUACACUGGGGUACUCAGGAUACUAACGGAACUGAGCACAGUAUCAACGGUCAAAAGUUCGCUUGCGAGCUUCAUUUGGUGCACAUCAACCGUAAAUACCGAAAUUUGACCGAAGCAACAAACCGAUCUGACGGAAUAGCGGUCAUAGGCGUACUUUUCCAAGUCAAUGACAACUUUGCACCUAAUCCCGGAAUGGAGAUUUUUUCAUCUCAGACGCAAACCGUUCUGAAUACUGGAAGUACUAACGCCGUCGGCAGAUUUGAUUUGUCGCUGUUCUUGCCGAAACCAAUAAAAUCGUUCUUCUCCUACAGCGGAUCUCUUACGACCCCACCUUGCGCGGAGAGCGUUCGUUGGAUUGUUGUAGCAGACCCCCAGCCGAUAACCUCCGAAAUUAUAACUAGAUUAAGAAGCAUAUCCCUAGAAAACAACGAUCCAAGUAAUAUACGGACUCUGCAACAGAUAAACAAUCGGCUCGUCGAAUUCUACGAACAAAAAUAGCAGUGUAAAUAACUCCAAAGAAGAACCCAUACAAGUAUUAACGCGAAGGAGAUUAAGGCGACGUUUAUGUAAAUAAAGCAUGUAAAUAUUUUAUCCUUUAUAAAGCACGCGUCUCACUUGGAUCGACAGGCGAGCAAAGCAGACUCGUGUUCCUGAAACAUAGUUCGAACGGGCAGCCUCUUACUCCCGAAGUGAGCAAAGCCUCAAGACGAAAAGCAAGUCGACCGAGGGGAUACAAGUCGCUUAUAAGCCGCGUCGAGGCAUCAAAUCGACGUAUAUAUAGCCGACGAGACACACACUUGUCCCCCGUGCAGAGGGGGACAAACGUAAUCUCGGAUCUGGCUGGUAUGAGACGCAGUCAUUGGAGGGGAAUCCAUCACUGACGUGCGUCCCGAUACGCAGGAAUUUUAAGUAGCCGAGAUUCGCCGGUCCCUGACGACGCUUUUUGCCGAUCGAGGCCUAAUUUCGCGCGCUGGGUGGCGAGUGUCGGUGGUUUGUCAAAGGACGAGGCAAAGAAGAGGAGCCGCACACGUGCGCUCUCUCGAGACAGGUGCGGAUCAUCAUCGGAAUCCUUUCGGGGAUUCGAAAAACGCGAUUCUUUCUUUCUUCGUGUACAGGCUUUUUUAAUGUGGCAAUUUAAUUG